AGUGUGGCUUGGACAACUCAAAUAUAUUGUUUGGUUAAACUCUGUUUGAAAAUAUGUAACCUGCAUCAAAGCAAUGGCCAAUUUCCAUCUGUCAAGUAGAAAGAGGCGAGGACCACAACCUAGCAAUCUUUCUGUUCGGUUGUUUCUGCUUGACCCAGAUAAAAAGAUCACAAAAGUUACAAGAGAAACAUGUUCAAAGGGAGGGAUAGAACAUUUAAUGCAGAAAGGAUGUGGGCCACCACAACCAGGUAAUUGAAUGUGGAAUUACUGUCAUUCUCUGGUUAUUAAUUGUUUUAUAUUGGUUUCUAUAAUAGUCAGAUAACUCAUUUACAUAAAAUGUGUUGACAGCUAUUUUGUUUCUAUGUUGUUUUAGUCGACCUGGAGGUCAAUGAUUUACCCCCACUUAAAUUAUGCUAAAAUAUCCCAUGAUUGAAACUGAAAAAUGAGAACUUUAGAGACAAGUUGAUCAUAAAAAUUGUGCGCCAAUUCACAUAGUCACCACUCCCAUUUAGAUGAAUCACGAUGCUUAAAUUAAUAUAGACGUAAGACCUAUUAAAUUGCACUGAGCCCUGUAUUAUUAUGCCAGGUUAUUUUACUCUGCCUUACACCAGACAUUUUACUCAUCAAAGGAAAGCACUGGCUUGUACAUGUAAUAGGUUAAUUAGACUAUCUACGCAUGUGUAUAGUUGACCCAUUAAGUUGCACUGUGCCCUACUUUAUUUUAGGGGAGAGUUCUGGUGCUCAAUGGGCUAAUAACAACCAUUAUUUUUAAAUAGAACAGUAUUUAUUUGGUACGUAUGCCUGGGUAAUUUUUUGACUAUUUUAAUUAAUAACUUCAUAUCUUUUGCAGAACAUUGUGUAAGUGAUGACAAAGUGGAAUUUUUAUUCGAGCUGACAAAUGAACAGUUCAAACAGAAGUUGGUUGAAAUUUAUCCUAAAUUGGAAAAUGCUUGUUUUGUCUUCAUGAAAGCUGACAAAAACAACAAAUUGGAAGAACUAAACCGUGGUAUGUGUUGCUUUCGAUGUUACACACCAGAAAAUGUUUACCACAGUGAACGAGGACAAGGGAGGCUUUAUAUACAAAAGAUUGCUGAGAGUGAGGUAUGUUGACUUAUUAUAAGUCUUGAUUUGUAACCAGUCCGUCAACAUAGGAUUUUAAUGAUAGUGUCAUGUUUGUGUAACCUUGUGUUAAAAUAUUAGCAUGUGAGAAAAAAUACUCUACAGGGGUUCUUCUCUUUGAAUAGCCUGCGUGCAGGCCCAAGGGAACUUGAUAGUGGGCCUGCAACCAUCGCCCGGUAUUUUGAAAUACGCCCCUUUUCAUAACACGCCCCAUUCGCGCGUCAAUUGUCAAAAAAGAACCAAUGACAGCACCCAAAUAUUAACAAACAAACUCGCAUUAAAAUGUUGCGGGGUUUUCUCUGCUUAUUCAGAACACUAAUAAACAAUGUGUAAAUGGUUGCGAUUUAACUCCAAAAAAGCAAGCAACGCAGUCAGUAAUUGCCAAAUUUGCAAGUGCUCAUUUUCAACUAAAAUCGGAACAGGCAAAUUAGGACGAAUUUCAACAGAAAACCAGUCUCAAACUUCAAAUCAUGAGGGAAGUCGUGCGACCACAGGAUUUAUAUUAUGUGUGCUUCGCUGUCGCCAUUGGCAUUGUUAUAAAUAAAUUGUCUCACUCAUCAGAUCGUGUGUGCAAUUCUUGUUGGCGGCGGAAAGUACGAAAUUUAUUUCAUUUGGUAAAGAACUCUACAAAAGAAGAGAGCGUUCCGAGUCCAGAUCGUUUCGUUUCAAACGGCAAUUUAAUACCGCCUUCUGUUUCGCUCUCUCAGCGAAGCCUUGUUAAUCGCAAAGUGUUUCGAAUAGGCUUACGGUCCUUACAUGCAACUGUAUCUCAACAUCAACCAAAAGAUAAUUUUCUUGAGGAAGUGAGAACACAUAACGUAUCAACUGAAGUCUGUUUGAAAUUAAUGAAACUCAAGUAAAGGUUACUAUAGUUUACCCCAGUCGUAAUGUUGCUAUUCCAACACCUCACGACAAGCAAUCCCCAUUGGCAUAACGGCAAAAACAUGUCUUCCUUCAAGUAAACAAUAAACAGUCUGUUCUUGUUCCAUUUGUAGUCGAAAAAAGUGAUCAAUUUUCAAAUUUUAAGCUUAUCGAGAGCCUUUGUCUAUGCCUUUGUGAUGAAUCACUGUUCCCUUGUGCCUGCACAAUGGGCUAGGUUAAUUAAUUACCGAUCGCCUCAGCUAGCCAAUGGGAAUUUAGCCGGCGGUUCGGCCGGCGAAAAUCGAAAACAUGGGGUGAUGGUUGCAGGCCCACUAUCAAGUUCCCUUGGGCCUGCACGCAGGCUACUCUUUGAAGUGUUUGACAUAUUUUUCAGGUAGUUUCAAUCAAAACUACAUCAUUUUAUAACAGAGAAAUACUAUGGUAUAUUAAAUGCCUAUAAAAGAAUUCCUAUAUUUUAGAUAUCCCAGUGUACCCAUGGAGUAUCUCUUGUUAAAAGAUUGUGUGUUGUCCCUGGUCACAGCCAGCAACGUUUUGUACCAAUUCAACCAAAACUAUUACCAGCAGUCUGUCCAAUUACAGGAAUUGAAUCAAGGCCAUUGUUAGUGACGCCAGGUGCCAUGCCAGCACUGGAUUUGUCAUCAACACCAACAGUUCUUAGUUCUGGUAAUAUACUACCACAAAGUCAACUUCUAUCAUCAGCUAUUUUUCCCCAGACUGAAUCAACGCCACCAGUGUACAGUACUGUUAACGUGGCAACACAAAGUCUGUUAUCGUCAGCAGCGAUUUCCCAGACUACGUCCAGCCAACCAGUAAAUGUAUUACUCAACAGUUCUGUUAAUAUAGUACCACAAGACCGGUACCAACAGACACUACCAGCUAUUGUUACCCACACUACAUCAAGCCAGCCAGUUCAAAGUUCUGGCAAUAUGGUAACUCAAAAUCAGUUACAACCACCGUCAAAUAUGUUUUCCCAGAGUGUAUCAAGAUCAGCAGCUCAAAUUCCUGUUAACAUGGUACUCCCGAAUCUGUUACCAACAUCGACAUCUUUCGUUCCCGGGCAUAUAUCAACAUCACUAUUUGACAAUUAUGUUAAUAUGGUAACCCAGAAUCAGCUGCCAGCACCGGUAACUGCUGUUUCUUGGACUGCACCAAGACCAGCUGCUCAAAAUUUUGUUAAUACGCUAGCACAAAAUCAGGUACCAACUAUUGUUUCUGCAACUGCACAUACACCAACAAUAAAUCAGUUGCCUACAUCAACAUCUUUUGCUUUUGGAAAUGCACUGACAUCACCAUUCCAAGAUCGUCUUAAUAUGAUGACUCGAAAUCAGUUACAUACAUCAACUAUUGAUUCUGGGUCUAUGGCACGCCAAGGACAGUUUUCUAGAUCUAUUGGGGUUUCUGACACAAAUUUUGAGCAACUUGCAUUUCGCACACCUGCCCCAGUUACUGCUUCUGAACAAGACAUUGGGCAAUUGGGAGCGACUUUUGAAGAUCGAAGAGCGCCGCCGAUGACUGGUACCGAUGGAAAUGUAGACAUGAGUAUGUUGUUGCAAGAAUCUGUGACUGGAUUUCAAAUGACCAAUGUCGUCAGUGGGUUGCACGAUCCCAGCACGGCAUCCAAUUCAAGAAUGACUUCACUUUCCAACCCUCCUGAUUUUCCCGCAUCCUCCAACAGGUGGAUACAGUCUCCUGGUUUGGUUACUUUGGUAGAUGCUAUUGACACAGUACAACGUGGAGAUUGGAUACCUACCAAUGCAAACAUUUCAAACGACCAGGUAUAGUUUGUUUACCGUAUAUUCCGGAUAGGAUUUAUGUGGCUUGAACAACCAUGAAAAGUCGUCCGCGGCAAAGUGUAUAAACUGUUAGAGCAUGUAAAAGAAUAUAUUAUUCUGUCUGUACAGUAUACAGCUUGAAAAUUGGGUCGUGUUAUCGUGUAGUUGCUUGUUUCUCGGAUAAUGAAUCAAGGCUCAUAUAUUUGAAAGCUACAAUAUAUAGUUUAUAAUUUCGUAAUUACACGAUUCAUAUCACAAACUUUAAAAGCUUACUUGGAGAAAACAAGGUUGUUAUACUGUAUCUCACAUGUACUCUUUUUUGCAGGGAAACUUGGAUUUACAAGUACCAGUAGAAUGUAAGUUAGAGUUACUUGUCCAGAAGUCUACAUUAUCUGCAGACCUUCACAAAGCUGAGCUUCAGUAGUGAGGGUCAGCAGGUCGGUCAAGUUAGGCAAAUGAAAUCCUUCUAUAUUGAAAAUACGAGAACCUUGUCAUUGGGAGGUACCUGUCCAAACUGCCUGAUUUUUCACACUAUAUAUAUAUAAGCGGUGUUUAAGUAUUUGUAAAAGUCUUAAUUUUUAAUAUAUUAUUUUUGUAAACAAGUGAAUAUAAGAAAUCCGACGUGGUGAAUGGAAAAUAGUCCAAAAAACACUAAAGACUUGUGUAAAAAUACUAAAACAAUUAUACGCCUCAGACUCGAUGAUUAUUGGGGAACAUUCAUCUCGACUGCGUCUCGGUGAAUAUUCCCCGAUAAUCACGUCGCGUUCGGCGAAUAAUUGUUAAUUGUAAUUAAUAUUUAUAUCACAUACUGUAUAAAUCUCCCUCCCAAGCGGUUUAGCCUCAUAUUCCAUUGUUCACUAUUGUUUCGCCGCCAUUGUGCGAAUGCCCGGAAAAUGUCGCUUUUAGAACCCUAAAAAUCCCGAAAAUGUACCUAAAAAUGUACCUAAAAAUGUACCUAAAAACAUGCUUCAGUUGACCUGAAUUAUCUAGUAGUUGUUUACCUGAAUUUUGCUCAUACUGUAGUUAAAUCAAGGCCGGAUUUUGGUACAAAUAGUGAGGGAGGUGGGAAAACAUUUAGGAGAGAUGCAGCAGUGUAGCUCACGACUCCCAUGGAAAGUUAUUUUACAUAUGUAUCAGUGUAUUAAUGAAUUAUGACUGUAUAACUCAUUACAAUUACUACAAAGUUUCUUUCUUAAUAUUGCAUUGAAAGGAUACUUGUAACUUGACACAGACUGAGAUGAAUUAGCUAUCACUGUUUCAAUUUUACAGAAAAACUUUCUUUCGAAAUGUAGACCCUAACGUCCCUAAGCAAUAAAAAAAAUGUCAAAUUUUCACUUUGAUGUAUCAUUGAAACUUUCCCAAGGGGGGGGGGGGGGCAUGACUUUCAAGGGAGGUGCAAAAAUUCUCAGGGGAGGUGCAAAACGAUCUCAGGGGGAGAGGUGCGCACCUCCCCACACCUUCCCUCGAAAUCCGGCCAUGAGUCAAAUAUUGGAGGUGUUGCAACUUGUUGCCUUCAUUUCCUCCUGCUCCACUGUUUGCUAGGGCACUUACAUGUAUUUUUUUCUCUAGCACUUAUUGACUCGUUUCUUGAAAAUGUUAAAUCAACAGGAAAACUAGAAAUAUCGUCGUUUAUUCUUGAUAACCGUGUUCUCAUGGAGAAGCUGAAUGCAUCUACAAUCAACAUUCACACUGUAGAGAUUGAAUCAACGUGUAAGUUACACCAAGCUAUAAAACAGUUUUCUUUGCCGUCAUGUCUAACAGUCCUGCGCAUUAAUGACAAUAACUUAAAUUACAAGGAUGUUUUUGCUUUACUUGCAUCUCUUAGGAGCGUGAAUGGCUUAGACGAGUUAGAUUUAUCUCGUACUAAGUUUCAAGAAAUUAGCUUCAGUAGUUUUGUAAGUGUACUAAUCAGUUGUACAAGUCUGAGAAAAUUGUGUUUAGUUGAUAACGGCUUAACUAAAGAAGAUAUGAACUGCUUAAAUGACGCGUUUGAAUCGCUAAAAAAUCUUAUAAAUUUAAAUCUAUCUAAAAAUAACCUGACAGAAACACAAGCAAAUGACAUAUUGCAGAAAGUUGAAGGCAAGAGCAUCGUUUCUUUAAAUUUAUCACAAAACGCAUUACAGGGAAAUGAAAUCAUCGUUGGGAUUUGUCAACUCCAAUCACUCCAAGAACUAAAUCUUUCUUCUAACCACAUCAGGUUUUUUCCAUUACCUGACUUAGAGAAACAACGCGAUCAUUUACCAAUUAACACCACAAUCAUUUCAUUGUCUUCCAAUCACAUGACGGAUAAAGAUAUUUGCCGUUUUGUCUCUUUGGUCAGAUCUGAUCUUCUGAAACUUAACUUGGAUUUUAAUCAUGUUGGUAGUUCUAUCUGGUCCCUGUGUUCACUAAGGGUUAAGCAUUUGAAAGUGUUAAGUUUAGAAAAUACUGAUAUUCGUGGUCCUGCUGUUCAGGGUUUAGCAUUUCUUCUCUCCUUAGUAGGAGAACUUGAAGAACUGAAUUUAUCUUCCAAUAAUCUUGUGUUGGCAGAUUUUCAAGAACUUCAGCCACCCUUAUCAAACUUAACUCAGUUGAAGAGGUUGAAUUUAAGCAACAAUCCUUAUGGAAUUUCAGUUAUUUUGCUUAAAAUCAUGCUUUCGCUGAAAUAUCUGGAGGAGUUAAGGCUAAGUAACGUGCAUUUAAAUGGUGACGAUUUAAAUGAAAUAUGUGACUCACUUGCAUCCUUAAAGGUUCUAAAACAUCUUGACCUAAGCAUGAAUACUAUUGGUCCGGAUGGAACAAGAGCACUUGCAAACAUUCUGAAGGAGUUUCCGUUAUUAGAAGGGCUAAACAUGAGCAAAUCGUGUAUCAAGGAAGAUGAAAUAAGCGUAUUGUGUAAGGGUUUAGUUUCCUCAAACAGAUUGAAAUAUUUGAAUUUGUCGGGCAAUCGACUUGCUAUUGAGGUCAUACGUGAUCCCGUGUUUUUACCCCCGAUGUUAGAGGAGUUGAUUUUCAGUAGGGUUAUUCAUGGCGGAAAACUUUUUUCCAAUAUAAGUCUUCUACAACAUCUUCGAAAACUACAUCUUAGUGAAAUAAAUUUAAGACCAUGCGAUGUUGAAGAGUUAACCGCCAUGUUGUCGUCUUUUCCGUUGUUGGAAGAACUAGUUUUGGCUAAAACUGCUUGUACUGACUGUGAAAAAAUCUUUAGUGCGAUAAAGUCGUUGAAAAAUAUUAAAAAGAUUGAUCUAACUGGUAUAAAAAUAUCUGACGGAAAUGCAUUUGCUGAGAUGCUAUCGUCCCUUUUGUCCUUGGAAGAAUUAGUUUUAACUGAUAUUAGUUUUGCGUACACUGAAUGUAACAUAAUCUUAAGUGCGAUAAAGUCGCUGAAGAAACUUAAAACGAUUGAUCUAACUGGUAUAAAAAUAGCUGACGAAAAUGCUAUAGCUGAGAUGCUAUCGUCCCUUUUGUCAUUGGAAGAGCUGGUUUUAGCUAACAGGAGAUGUGUGUACAGGAAUGAUGAAAUCUUUAGUAAAAUAAAGUUGUUAAAAAAUCUGAGAAAGCUUGACCUUGAUUGUAUACGUCCAUGGGAUAUAGAAGCCUGCUUUGAUAUGUUGUCGUCUCUUUCAUUUCUGGAAGACAUAGUGUUUCCUCAUGUUGAUUUGGUGCAUGCUGAUGAUAUAACUGGAUGUUUUAGUGCCUUGAAGUCAUUUAGAUAUUUGAGAAACCUUAAUCUACGUGUAACUUACAGCAUGGCAGAAUAUUUUGCGAGAGUGGUGCCAUCACUGCAGUUGCUGGAAAAGUUAGUGUUGGUUAAUGUUGAUAACGGUGAUAUUGAUAAUGAAAGUGAAAAACAACUGUUUGGCGCAAUAGGAAAAUUGACUUAUUUAAAAGAAUUAAAGUUAAUGUGGUGUACCCAAGCUACCGCAGACAGUUUAGCUGAGGUCUUAUUAUCACUGCAGUUGUUGGAAAAGCUAGUGUUCAGCAAUGAUGGCUCCGGUGAAGAUGAUGACACUAUGGAUGAUUUAAGUGGAAAACAACUGUUUGCUGCAGUAGGAAAAUUGAAGUAUUUAAAAGAAUUCGAGUUACACGGGUAUAAGAUUGUGCAGGCUGACGCAGACAGUUUAGCUGAGGUCUUACCAUCACUGCAGUUGUUGGAAAAGCUAGUGUUGCGUUAUGUUGAUUGUGCUGAUAUUGAUGAUGAAAGUGAAAAACAACUGUUUACUGCUGUAGGAAAAUUGACUUAUUUAAAAGAAUUAGACUUUCUCUUGUAUAUGAUUACCCAAGCUGGCGUAGACAGUUUAGCUGAGGUCUUACCAUCACUGCAGUUGUUGGAAAAGCUAGUGUUGAACAAUGAUUAUGGUGAUGUUAUGGAUGAUUUAAGUGGAAAACAACUGUUUGAUGCAGUAGGAAAAUUGACGUAUUUAAAAAAAUUAAAGUUAGGGGAUUUUAUGAUAACCCAAGCUGACGCAGACACUUUAGAUGAGGUCUUGCCAUCACUGCAGUUGUUGGAAAAGCUAGUGUUUAGCCGUGUUGGUUUUGAAAGUGCAAAAGAACUGUUUGCUACAAUAGGAAAAUUGACGUAUUUAAAAGAAUUAAAGUUAGACUAUUGUACGAUUACCCAAGCUGACGCAGACAGUUUAGCUGAGGUCUUGCUGUCACUGCAGUUGUUGGAAAAGCUAUCGUUAGUCUGUAAUGACUUCACAAAUAUUAAAGACCACCAACUGUUUAGUGCUGUAGGAUCAUUAAGUUAUUUGACUGGACUUUGUCUUUGCCAUACUAAAAUCACUAAUGCUGGUGCAGAAAUUUUAAUUGAUGUAUUACCAUCUUUACGCAACUUAACAUACAUUAAGUUAAAUGGGAUAUGCGAACCAUUGAAGAGUAGGCUUAUGGCAGCGGUACUCCAGGUUCCCGGAUUGGAAGUACGUUAAUCUUAACCAACAUUUCCACCCAAACUCGUGUACCCAUUUCUUGCAGAGGAUUGCCUUUGUAUAUAUAUUAGCUGUUUUUAUAUAUUUACAAUAGUACGCUAAGAUAAUAUUAAAGUAUAGAACAUUUUUUGCCUAGAGGGUAACGCAUAUAAUAUGGAUAUAAUGUGGUGAGAACACUUAUGUGAUCUUCAUUGGACAUGCAGCAUUUUCAAUAUUUGCAAGUUGUGCAUGACGCUUUUAAAGGAUAGUUGUUUAUUAGAAUAACAUUUUUACAGUAAGUCUUGUGUUUUAACAAUGACAUUUUGUUAUUGGACGAAACGUAUUAAAAUAACGCAUCCUUAAAUGCAUUUAUAAAAGCGCUUUGGCAGGGGAGACUAUAUCCGAUACUUUACUGAAAUUAUUGUACUAACUGAAUUUGGGCGUCCAUCCUCGGUAAAUAUGAUGAAUUUAAUGAAAUCAAAAUGAUAAUCGAAGCUAACUGGAAGGCUUAACUUGGCUAUACUGCUCAAAUAAUGCGCUGCUUGGGUGUGGCUUCAUUUUGCAUAAUUUCCGUUUUUGAGGUAUCAUUUUGUAUGAUUUCCAUUUGACGUCACAUCUGCAUUGCUCAUUGCUUUGACAAGCACCACUUUGUUCCGCCAACCACCUCUCCAAUGGUAAAAGGCAGCGUCUAAGUCUACUGCAAUCUUCCACUGAUUAUUCAUUUGAUUCUGACUGAGUCCGUGGCUUGUUGCCAGGGUCACCUCUAUCAUGGCUGUUGCUCAUUUUGCAUAUGCGUAUUAUCGUUUCUUAUUUUGCGCACAAUUUGCUCUAGUUGCUGCUAAAGUGGUUCUUACCCAACAUGUGUACUCUAUUAUUGUGUAUUACUCUAUGGUGUUUAGGAGUCAUUAGAUUAUUAGAUAAUCCGUUGUCAAUACACAAGUACUCUUCUAAGGCACUCGUAAUCAUGCAGCAUUAUGAUAAAGAGGAAUAUAAUAUAUCUUGAAUUUGUAUGGUCAAUACUGUAUAUUUACUUUGCUGUAUUUCCAUGUCAAGCCAUAAAAAUCUGUUUCAUUCGCUACGGAAACCUUAGAAUCACGUCAAAAACUCUUCACACUUAUCCUAAUCUUGCAAUAUAUAUGUCUGAUGCCAACUCUUUCACAUGUUCACAAUUUUUAAUAAUAAAAAUAAUGAUCAUAAAUAAUUUUUAAAAAAUAGAUAAAUAAUAACAAUAAUGAUAAUUAGUAUAAAUUUUGCAUAUCAAAUGAGCUUUCGCGCGUUCUGAUUGGCUAGCUGACUAGUAAAUCUGGGGCAUUAUUUACCACCUGGGUAGUAAAUAAUGCUUUUCAAAAAGAAUGAUUCGGCAAAUUUGGUUUCAAAAUCGACAAAAUCAUUGAAAAUCGUCCCCAGAAAACGAAAGAAGCACAAAAUGUUGUAUUUAACUUGAAAGGUAGGAUUCCUUUAUUAUUUUACUGUGUCAAACAUAUUCACGGACAAUUUAAAACGUAUUUUAAUUUAAAACCGGACUUUUUGUUUUCAAACAAAUAGCAAAAAGUAUCUCGACUGUUCAAUGGGAAAACCUUGCCGUGAUAGUCUUUUAAAUCCAUUUGUAUCCUAUAGAUUUCUCAAUUUGUACGAUACUAUUUCUUUUGAUAUGUCAUGUUUUCAUUGUUCUGUGUGGCGUUCUGACCGCUGUAUUGUGUUUUCGAAACUUGUAAAGUGAAAAGUAAUGAUUAGACCUUUAUUUCGAACGAUAUAGUUUUACAUUUCAUUUUACCAACGAAAACAGUUUUAUUUCUGAAUUUUUAUUGAACUGAUAUUUGGAUAUUUUGUUUUAUUCAUUAAAAAUUUAUACUAAAACAAUUAUUCGCCUCAGGCUUAAUGAUUACGGUGAAUAUUCACCUCGACUUCGUCUCGGUGAAUAUUCACCGGUAAUCACUUCGCCUUCGGCGAAUAAUUGUGGAUGGUAUUAUUAAUAAUAAAAUUCAUGGUAAUAAUAAUUAUGCAGGUAAUCGAGGCAAUAAUAUAUUGAUUUUACAAUUACCUAUCUUUAAUUCUAAACUGCGAUAACACACAAAUAUUCAGUAAAACACAGUGCGAAAAUGAACAAUAAAAUAAUAUUAAAAAUAAUAAUUGUAGAUAAUCGAGUAAAAUGACAAAUGGGAUAGGUUUAUGAAAAUAAUAUUCAAUGAGGAUGCCAAAAGGUUCUUGGAAUGAAUUGUAUAGCCGUAGAUAUCGAACAUGCAAUGGACGUAAUAUAUCGUAUAGAGCUGUGCGGUUCCAGAAAUUUCAUCUCUGUUCUGUUUUCCGUUUUUGUGAGGUGGAAGAACCUCGGUUUGGUGUCGGUAUUUUGAAAGGAAGAACAAUUCGAAGCAUUUGCUCAAUAAAUUGUAAUCUAAAUUCAAAAUAAACAAGUUAUAGAAAACAAAAGCAUCUUAAUUUCUUUGAUUUCCUUGAAAAAUCCGAGUGUCCUCAGUCUCAAAUUCCUCAGUAUCAUGAAAUUUCCUUAAAAGGGAGAACGAUGGAUAGCAGCAACAUUUGGGAAACCGAAACUGCCGGUUCUUUGCGCACGCUCUGUGCCGACUUACGGUGCUAAAAAAGUGCCAGAAUGACUGAAUCUUUUUGUUAACUUAACCGCACAGCUCUAAUAUCGUAUAUAUUCAGAUAUCUAAUUGACUUAAUAUUGACUUUAUAUACUCAAUAUUUUAACUGCCAUUCCGAGUUAAGGCCCAUUUCCACUGAGGAAAAUUGUCUGCAGAGGGAAAAUUUUGUGAUUGGUCGACACAAAUUUUUCGUUGGAAAAAAAUUUUGAAGUUGAAAAUUUUCAACUUUUAACAAUGAUAUUUUGGGAAAAUUUUCUGUCCGUGGAAAUUUUUCUUGAGUGGAAAUGGGCCUUUAGUACAGGGAGUUUGGCAAAUACAACGGCGAUGUCGUUGAAAACGUUUAUUAGCAAUAGCAUUUUUACUCCAAGGACCAAGAUGAAGGAAACGAUAAAUUGUUUAUUCACAUCAUUUUCAUCUCUCCAAACGACGUUGUCAUUUACAAUGUUGGAAGUCAUUUUGUAUGCUUUACUUGAAUUGACUGAUGCCAGCUACUCAACACUUGUUAAAACAAAAAUAAAUACUGUUGAAAGGCAAAUCAAUUUUUUUAGUGCAUACUUUUUGCUCAAGUACAAAAAUGUAUUCAUUCUUAAUUGUGUCAUCUGGUGCUGUUAGUUAACUUGCUCAACUCCCCAGUAGCGAACAUAAGUAAUGCUGAAUAUAUAUAUAAAUUUGAUUCUGCUUUAAUUUGAUGAGAGAUGAUGACAGUUGCACAGUUACCGCUCAAACAAGACUAAAAGUCUCUAACUAAAAGUUAAAACUGUCAUCAAUUUAUAUUGACAAAAUAUUUAUGUGUAUCUAGUUAUAGACAGAACGUUUUGUUACCAAUAUCGUUUAAAGAGGGUUUUCAAACGAAGCAUAGAUGUGGGUUAUUUAGGGGUGGACCAUUAGAGGUCCUGGGAGGGGUGAGGAAGGGGCGGUGGCUGAUUCAAAACAAAUCGUGCAAAGAAUGGAAUUUGAAAACAGUUUCAUGUAUGCAAGCAUUUACCGGAAAACGCCUGCAAAUACAUGGAAUAUACAGUAAUGAAUAGAAAAAAUUCAGAAAAAAACCUGAAAAAUUCAGAAAAAAAACAGCUUCCACACCGUAAAAUUGGUUUGACAUAACUCCGUUUUGCAAUGAAAAUUUUCCCUCCCCUUCUUAGAGUAUCUAAUGGUCUACCCCUAAGCAAGUAGAUCUUUGCAAUUUUAAAAUAUAUUUGCAUUAUGCCAUAUGUUCUAACAAUUUAUUAUUACAAUAUCAAUAUUGUUUCUUUUAAUUGUUAUUAGUGUUAUUAUUGUAGCGGUGCAUAGAAAAGUAUAGUUUACGUUAUUUGACAUAUACUAGUUUUUAUAUCUUGCUUUAUUAAACCCUUCCAUCAAUAACGACGCCAUCUGCAAUCGUGAUGCAUUGUUGGAAAAAUUCGGAUUAAAAAGCUGUUUUUGUGGGUUGGUCUGUAGACUUUGUACCUAUAUAGAUAUGAAAAGGCUUUGUGAUUGGUUGAGCAUGAAUAAGAGACGAUAACCUUCAGGGGCUAGUUUUUCAAAGCUGCAUGGGUUAGCGCUAACCCUGCUGUUUUAGUUUAUGUAUUUCUUCACGUCUGUUUAUUUCAAAACUUCAGAGAAGAAAACUUUUACUGAUUCAGACAAGAUUUCGGAAGAAAUAUUCACAAAUUUAUUAAAACAAGCUUUUGGGAAGUUUGCAAUUUGCGUUGAAUUUUAGGUUAACCUAGUGUUGGGCUAUAUAUAUUCAGUUUUGAACAACUGGCCCCAGAAAUCAAGUCUAAAUAUAUAAUGCACUGAAACACUGUUGUUUCAGGUUGUUGUUUCAGAAAACCAAUCUCAAAAUAGGUUCAUAUUAUAGGUACUUACCGGUUUGUCCCACAAAGAAAGAUUUCAUAGAUCUCAUGCGCUAAAUUAAUUACAUGAACACGUUCUUUUCAACGGUCUUAUACCGCAAAGAUUGAAUAAAAAUCAUACAGAAUUAAUUUGCACGUAGUGCCAAAUAAGAUUAAGUAAAUUAAUCUUAACGGUUUCAUCUAUUUUCCCACAAAUAUUGCCUGUUAUAAUUUCACUGACCAAAAAUCCCAAAUUACUCAUUAAUUUUUUGACAGUAUUUUCAAACUUUCAUGCAGUUCCCAUAAUAUCCGAGCACAACGCAUCACGAUUGUAAGAGUUGUCGAUCUUGCUUGGGGGGGGGGGGCUUUUGUCACAUGGACAAAAUAAUUGUAAAGUAUUGGGUUUUAUAAUAUUUACUGGUAGUAGACAUCUUUUAGAAAUAGUAGGUAUUUGUUUUGACUAUUGACUUUAUAUUCAUCAUUUCAAUACUAGCUUAGCUUGUGUAUCUUAGAUUUCUAGCUAGCGCUGAAUAUCUAUGUAUAUAAAUGUGAAGCAGCGUAAAGAAAUAGUGUUUUCUUAAGAAUAUAAAUCUCAGUGUUAAUAUUCUAAUAUUCUGGAGUUCAAUAAAUGUUGUUCAAAUGAAAAAUGGAGUUCAAUAAUAUUCUGUUAUGUUAAUAUUCUGGAGUUCAAUAAAUGGAAAUUAAC